AUUGGCGGGGUCGUGACCAAAGGUGUGCGGCGGAAACAUGGCGGAGCGCAUGAGGAAGCGGCCCUGCGGCCCGGGUGAACACGGCCAAAGGGUUGAGUGGCGAAAGUGGAAACAACAGAAGAAAGAGGAGAAGAAGAAGUGGAAGGAUCUCAAGCUGACAAAAAAACUGGAGCGGCAGCGGGCACAGGAGGAACAGGCAAAGCGCCAGGAGGAAGAGGAGGCAGCUGCAGAGAGCAGGGACUGUGGCCGGCCCUACACCCUGAGCGUUGCUCUGCCUGGCUCCAUCCUGGACAACGCCCAGUCACCUGAGCUUCGAACCUACCUGGCUGGCCAGAUCGCCAGAGCCUGUGCCAUCUUCUGUGUGGAUGAGAUUGUGGUAUUCGAUGAGGAAGGCCAGGAUGCCAAGACUGUGGAAGGGGAGUUCACAGGAGUCGGCAAGAAGGGGCAGGCGUGUGUGCAGCUGGCCCGGAUCCUGCAGUACCUGGAGUGUCCACAGUACCUGAGAAAGGCGUUCUUCCCCAAGCAUCAGGACCUGCAGUUUGCUGGGCUCCUGAAUCCCUUGGACAGCCCCCACCACGUGCGGCAGGAUGAGGAAUCCGAGUUCCGGGAAGGCGUCGUGGUGGACCGGCCAACCCGGCCAGGCCAUGGCUCUUUUGUCAACUGUGGCAUGAAGAAGGAGGUGAAGAUUGACAAGAAUCUGGAGCCUGGACUUCGGGUGACAGUGCGAAUGGACCAGAAGCAACUCCCGGAACGCAAGACCCACCGUGGCAGAGUCGUGUCCUCACAGGACCCUCGCACCAAAGCAGGGCUCUACUGGGGCUACACCGUCCGCCUGGCCUCCUGCCUCAGUGCUGUGUUUGCUGAGGCCCCCUUCCAGGAUGGGUACGACCUGACCAUCGGGACAUCAGAGCAUGGCUCAGAGGUGGCUUCUGCCCAGCUUCCCAGCUUCCGGCAUGCCCUCGUGGUGUUCGGGGGCCUCCAGGGGCUGGAAGCCGGAGUGGAAGCUGACCCCAACCUGGAGGUGGAUGAUCCCAGCGUCCUCUUCGACCUGUACCUCAACACCUGCCCCAACCAGGGCAGCCGCACCAUCCGCACAGAGGAAGCCAUCCUCAUCUCCCUGGCUGCCCUGCAGCCCAGCCUCACCCAGGCAGGUGGCCGGCCCACCUGACGGUUGUCGGUUCAGGAGAGCCAUGAUGCGGAAGCAGGCGCCUGCAGGUCACCCGGGACAGAUACAGCCAAGACUUGGCUCCAAAAUAACCGCUUUACUGUAGCCCAGCCCCCACCCCCACAGUCUUGCAGCUGCGCCCUCACUUCCUGCCCGCCGUGAUGGCCUUGAGGCUGCCUGCUCGUGCCAGGAUGUUGGGCACGAAAAGCAGUCCCGAGGCCCGCUCGAUGCUCUCGAUGGGCACCAGGAAGCGCUCCAGCGGGAUCGCCUCGUCCACAGGUGCGUUGGGCAUCACGUAGGAGCGGAGCUCUAUCUGCCCAUCUGCCGCCUCCAGGAUCAGCACCUUGAAGAAGUGUGUGGGCACCGCCACAUGGUUCUUGCCGAUCACCUGGUACUUCACAUAGGACUUCCCAUCAGCCUCUGUCCUGUGGACAGAGCAUACAUGGGCGGGGGCCUGGUGGAACCCAAGGCCAUCGCUUCCAGGAGGCCUCCCUGAUCUGACCUCCAGCUUGUCGGCCUGCAGGACUGCCCCCUCAUUGUGGGGCUCCUGUGCCCUGGCCUGGUUCCUCUUCGAGGCUGGACCUCUCCAGGGUACAGACUCUUUCCCUGUUUUCCUCCAUGCUCAAUGUUGGGUCAGGCACAGUGGAUGCCAAUAAAUGCUGCUGAAAGAAGCAGGCAUUCUAAAUGUGCA